UGGGCUCAGGAAAGGUCUCUUUUCACCCCCAUUGUUCGCUGGAGCGAGUCGUGCGGAGUGGAGCCGAAGGCGAGGAAGGGCGGUGGCGACCGGGCCGGGCAGAGCAGCCAUGGAGGUGGUGAAUAUGAUGGAGCAGCCCAUCAAGGUGACAGAAUGGCAACAGACUUACACCUAUGACUCAGGGAUCCACUCCGGGGUCAACACCCAGGUGCCAUCGAUCAGCAGCAAGUGCUUGGUGGAUGACGACGAUCUCUAUGGCAAGCAAUAUACCAUAAAGAAAACCACCACCUACAGCCAGGCUGGAGGACCGCAACCCCAAACCCAAGCUGAAUUGGAGUCUCACCUGGCCAUGACCCGUGCCCAGCGCGUUCGGGCAGCCAUGUACCCGGAAACAGUGGAAGACCGCUCCUUUCUCGUCAGCACCCAAGUCGAAGGGCAGCAGACGAACGUCCAACGGCUGGCCGAGCCCUCACAGAUGCUCAAGUCCGCCAUUGUGCAUCUCAUAAACUACCAGGAUGAUGCCGAGUUGGCCACCCGUGCCAUCCCUGAACUGACCAAGCUUUUGAAUGAUGAGGAUCCGGUGGUGGUCAGCAAAGCCGCCAUGAUUGUGAACCAGCUGUCUAAGAAGGAAGCGUCCCGCCGCGCUUUGAUGCAGUCUCCUCAGAUUGUGGCUGCGGUUGUGCGCACCAUGCAAAACACCAGUGACCUGGAUACGGCCCGCUGCACUACCAGCAUCCUCCACAACCUGUCCCACCACCGUGAGGGACUGUUGUCUAUCUUCAAGUCUGGGGGCAUCCCAGCUCUGGUCCGCAUGCUCAGCUCUCCCGUGGAGUCUGUCUUAUUCUAUGCCAUCACCACCCUUCACAACCUGCUGCUGUACCAGGAAGGGGCCAAGAUGGCUGUGCGCCUGGCCGAUGGGCUCCAGAAGAUGGUCCCCCUGCUGACCAAGAACAACCCCAAGUUCCUGGCCAUCACCACCGACUGCCUGCAGCUGCUUGCCUAUGGGAACCAGGAAAGCAAGCUCAUCAUUUUGGCCAAUGGUGGCCCCCAGGCCCUCGUUCAGAUUAUGCGCAGCUACACGUAUGAGAAACUGCUGUGGACUACCAGCCGUGUCCUCAAGGUUUUGUCUGUCUGUCCCAGCAACAAGCCGGCCAUCGUGGAAGCUGGUGGUAUGCAAGCCCUGGGGAAGCACCUGACAAGCUCUAGCCCAAGACUGGUGCAGAACUGUCUGUGGACUCUGAGGAACCUCUCAGACGUGGCCACCAAGCAGGAGGGCCUGGAUGGUGUCCUGAAGAUCCUGGUCAACCAGCUGAGCUCCGAUGACAUCAACGUGCUGACCUGCGCCACCGGCACCCUCUCCAACCUCACCUGCAACAACAGCAAGAACAAGACGCUGGUGACUCAGUCAAAUGGGGUGGAGGCCCUCAUACACACCAUCCUCCGGGCAGGAGACAAGGAGGACAUCACCGAGCCUGCCGUCUGCGCCCUCAGGCACCUGACCAGCCGGCACCCGGAGGCUGAGAUGGCCCAGAAUUCUGUGCGGCUCAACUAUGGCAUCCCCGCCAUCGUGAAGCUGCUGAACCAGCCCAACCAGUGGCCCCUGAUCAAGGCUACCAUCGGCCUCAUCCGCAACCUGGCCCUGUGUCCCGCCAACCACGCCCCCUUGCAGGAAGCUGCCGUCAUCCCACGCCUGGUCCAGCUGUUGGUGAAAGCUCACCAGGACGCCCAGCGCCACGCAGCUGCGGGCACACAGCAGCCAUACACGGAUGGAGUGAAAAUGGAAGAGAUCGUGGAAGGCUCCACAGGCGCCCUGCACAUUUUGGCUCGUGACCCUAUGAACCGCAUGGAAAUCUUCCGCCUGAACACCAUUCCUCUCUUUGUGCAGCUCCUCUAUUCUCCAGUAGAAAACAUCCAGCGUGUGGCGGCUGGGGUGCUGUGUGAGCUGGCCCAGGACAAAGAGGCGGCUGACGCCAUUGAUGCGGAGGGUGCCUCAGCCCCACUAAUGGAGCUUCUUCACUCCCGGAACGAAGGCACAGCCACAUAUGCGGCAGCUGUGCUCUUCCGCAUCUCAGAAGACAAAAACCCAGAUUACCGGAAACGCGUUUCUGUAGAACUGACCAACUCACUCUUCAAACACGACCCAGCUGCCUGGGAAGCUGCCCAGAGUAUGAUCCCCAUUCAUGAGCCAUACGCAGAUGUAGAACUAGACGGAGGCUACCGCACCAUGUACCCUGGGGAUGACGCCAUGGACAUGCACUUGGAUAUGGACGGCGAGUACCCUAUGGACGCAUACAGUGAUGGCGUGAGGGCACCCUACGCAGACCACAUGCUGGCCUAACGGGCUCCUUGGGAGAUCUUAAGAUGUUUUCUCAACACAGACGAGGGCAGUGCUCGAGUCCGGGGCACUUGGGAGACAGAAGUGCCUGAGAAAGAUAACGGACUCUUCCUUUUCCUGCAAAGAGGUUUUAUUUUCUAAAAAAAAAGAAAAGAAAGGUUUUCCCUCCUGCAGGCCUGUGGGAAAGGUAUCCCCAUAUGCAUAUCCAGGAUCGUUUCUACCAACCAUGUAAUACUUUUCUACCAGCAGUCAACCGCUCUUCUCCCUUUGCUGUUCCCUUUCCCCACUUCCACCUUUAAUCAAACUUUCUUCUCCUCCCCUCCUCCCACAUCUGACUUCCCUAAAAUUUGGACAACAUUCUCAAAUUGCUAUGGGAUCUUCAUAAGAGUAUUUUAUUUUUCAAAUAAAUACAAGCGAAUCCCCCCCGUACGUCAUGCAAAACUAACUCCCUUCCCUGAUGGCACUUCUAGUACUUGCUAAUUAAGAAGUGAAUAAAAUGGAAAUGUUGCUAAUUCUUUCCCCUUUGCCUUUUCCUUUCUGGGGUCUUAAAAGAAUAAGGACUGCCAGUGGGGUUUUGAGACGGCCUGGCGAUGCACAUUUCCCAUUUGUUUUUAGUGCCCAACGGUGACCCAGUUCAGGCCUGCUACGAAGAACAUUCUCUCGCUAUGAAAGUCUUUACGAAAGCUGCCCUUCUGCUGACCACCUCUUGCACAUUUUUUUAAGAACUCGGCAUUUUCUCUUUCUCCCUCCUCCUGACUUUCCUGGUGAUUGGCGUAUUUCCUCCCUCCCUGCAUCCCCGCCUCCCUCCCCCUCUUCUAAUGCAUUUUUAAAAGCGGCUCUCUCAACGUGAUGGCUUCAGGCUUCCACUGGAAAAGGGAUCGAUGCAGCUGCAAAUAUUCUUCAGAAAAAUUUUAUUAUUUCUCUAAGGGUUUUUUUGUAUAGACCAAAGCUUAAAAAAAAUAAAAACUUAAACCCAA